UUUCCAUAGAAGGCAUGUUUACUUCUGGGCAGGUGACUCUUCUGUGGAAAGGUAAGUCAUGCGACCGCCUCUUCAGGCGGUGAGUGGGAGGAGAGUUUCUUUUUAAGAACCAGUCAGACAGUCAGUCAGUCAUUAUCCUUGAACACAACUCUCAGCAGAGGAACCCGAACAAGCCUUUUGUCUUCCUGUCUCCUGAAAUCACCAUGUCGUGCGACGAACUGSAAUGCAUCAUUUGCUGCAACGAGUACUCCCGCACCAGCAGGAUCCCCAGAGUUCUCCACUGCCACCACACCUUCUGCGCCCCUUGCCUGGAGAAGAUGUCCACCCUGCAGGGAGCCAUCUACACCGUCUCCUGCCCUCUGUGCCGCUSGGUCACCUGCGUCCAGGCCCGCCUGUCUCUCUCGGGGGGUCUGUGGAUCGACACUGAGAAAUGGGACCAGAUCAUCGAGCACAACAGCGGGACGCACAGCAACCUGGAAAGCCAGCAGCCCCAACUCGUCCAGCCGCCUCUAUCUUGCGCCAGACGGCCUGGUGUUUUUUCCGGACUCCAGCGGCUGCUCAGAUGUGCUCCGCUGCACAACAGAGCUGCUGAAGGGCGCAGAGAGAAAAGAGCGUCACUUCUAAGGAACCGAGACUUUUGGAGCGUUUAAUGUGAAGUUUGGACGUGUUUCAGCAGAGACUGGAUCUAGAAGUACUGUUUGCUUUAUGUCGAGCUUUUUUAUUUUUAUUUUUUAAGAUGUGAAUGUGAGCGAAAGCGAAGACACAGUUUUAUUUGUCCAAGUGAAAAAGGAAAAUGUUUUAGGUUAUUUAAAAAAAGAAAUCAAAGGAAGACCUCAAGCAUUAUAUCUACAGAUCAUGCAAAAAUAGUUGGUUGAGUUUUCCUAUAAUAAUAAAUAAUUUAUUGUAAAUGGAGUCUUGACAAAAGUUCAGUCGCACCUACCUCAUCAAUCAGCGCCUCCCUCUCUGCAACCUGGACCCAUCAGCGCGGGUCCAAUCCUCGCUCCAGCCAAUCACCGUUUGGGUUCCAGUUCAAAGGGACCUUCACCCAUGGCCUCCUCUCCUCACCAGCUGCGAUUGACCCACCUUCGCCCCAUCUCCACCUUCUGCUCCCGGCUCUCAGGCCUCAUCAUCCUCCUCCGACCGCGGCCACCAGCACAGGCCCCGGGGGGUCUUCAUUCCUAUACUGCAUCAGGAAUGGUCAUCGAGCUUAUCGAAGCCCAGCUCGACGUCCGCGGCCGGAGCCCGAACGCCAAAGGACUUUGUGUUUAUUUUCAUGUUCAACUCUUUUACUCGCUUUCUUUCGUCUGCGUCUCUCCAGAUUGAAAUAAUAUUAUAAUUAUUUAUGUUUGCAGUGUGAUUUUUGUUUUUAUAAUUAUUUCUGAUUUGUUCCUGAAUAUAUGUAGUAUCAGGCAU